AUUUGCAAAAUGGAUGCCCCCAUGUGAAACAUGCUGAGAGAUUGAACAGUAAAUAAAUAGCAUCCAAGACCAUGCCGAUCGACACACGGAGAUUGACUGGCCCCGAAGGAACGAUCAGUCCAUACUCUCUGGCCAAGAAUGAUCCUAACAUAUCGGUAGUGGAAGGAAGUGAGCGCGCUGAUGGCAGGAAGCCUGACAAAGUUAGGCCUCUAUUUUUACGAGCAGGACUGAUCACCCAGGCUCGAGGAUCAGCCUACAUUGAACAGAAUGAAACAAAAGUCAUUUGUGCUGUCUAUGGUCCGCGAGAAGUGGUACGCAAAGAAGACUUCAGCAUGAAAGGUCAACUGACUUGUGAGUUCAAGUUUGCUACGUUUUCGUGUCGGCUGAGACGCAAACAUCAGCAGGAUAGUGAGGAGAAAGACUUCUCUGUGCAGCUGCUUGAAGCACUGGAGCCAGCCGUCUGUUUGCACAAGUUCCCAAAGUCACAGGUGAAUGUGUAUGUGACAGUGCUGCAGAACGCCGGCAGUGCACUGGCGGCAUCCAUCACAUGUGCUGCACUGGCGCUAGCUGAUGCUGGCAUAGAGAUGUAUGACCUUGUCACUGGGUGUUCUGCACGGGUGCGAGGAGACACUAUCCUACUGGAUCCCACCGAGUCGGAGGAGUACAAGCCGGAGCAGACGGCCGAGAAGAACAAUGGUUCUGUGACUGUGGGUCUGAUGCCGUCACUCAAUCAGGUGUCCGCCAUCACUUCCAAGGGGGAGAUUGACUUCCAGCUGGCCACCAAGGCUAUCAAGGAUUGUGUGGAGACAUGUCAGCGUCUGUACCCCGUGUUACAGCAGGCCCUGGAGACAGCACUCAAACAGAGGCUGAAGGAUGCUGACACAGGAUGAGGCUCCAAACCAGUCAAUGUUACCUUGUACAUUAUAUAUAAAUAGCAUUUAAAACAGA